AAGUUUUUUCGUUGAACUAUUGAAUAAUAAUAUAUUAUUUAAAAUAAUUUUAAAAAAAGAAUAAUAUAAUAUCUUAUUUGAUGUUAUCUUACAUCAUAUUAUUUACCUACCGAGUGCCAAUUAAUAAAUUGUUUUAGCGCUUUUUGCUUUAAAUACAAAUACUUAUGUUUUUUUACAUCUACUGAAAACUACAAAACAACCUGAUACAACGUACAUAGUUGUUCUUCUUACUCUUUUGAUGUCUAAAAUGGAAUUGACGGAUGAGCAGAGGAAACGUAUCGAAGAAAAUAGAAAAAAAGCUUUGAUUAUAAAACAGAAUAAGACCAAAGCCAAAACAGCCCCUAUACAACCUUGUCAGAAACCUACAGUACAACCACCUACCAAUAAGAAUUCUAUUAUAGUUGCUGGCCAAUCGUACACAGAUACUGAAGCUGGAUUCCUACUCAAUAGCGAAGAUCUCGUAGAAAAACCCAAAGUGGUUGAAUUGAAGCCACAAACCAACCCUAUCAUAUCCAAGUCGGAACAGCCUACCUGCUUAGAAUGCAAUGAAGAAUUUGGUAUAUCUUAUUUAUUAACCAAUUUUGAUCACCCUGUAUGUGACAGAUGCAAAGAUUUAUUUGGAAGAGAAAAAUUUGGUUUAAUCACUAAAACAGAAGCAAAGAAAGAAUAUUUGUUGAAAGAUUGUGAUAUAGAUUUACGUCCACCUCCUUUACGAUAUAUUCUUGGAAAAAAUCCACAUAAUGUUAGAUGGGGUGAAAUGAAAUUGUAUUUAUUGCUUCAGGUUGAAAAAAGGGCUUUGGAAGUUUGGGGAUCCGAAGAAGAAGUAGAACGACAAAUUGAACUGCGCCAAGAAAAACAGAAAGCCACAAAACAUAAGAAUUACAAGAAAAAACUUAAAGAACUAAGGAUGUCAACCAGAAGUAGUUUAUACACAAAAGUCACUAAAGCCUCACACGAACACGAAUUUGGUGAAGAGAUCUAUCACGAAGAUGAGGACAACUACGAACGUACUUGUACAUCUUGUGGAUUCCAUGAAAUUUUUGAAAAAAUGUAAUUAACUUAAUAAUUAAUGUUAUGUAAUCUAAUUUUUUUUAUGUUUAUAUAUGUGUUAUAAUAUUUUUUUUUUUUUUUACAUUUUUAUUAAAUAAUAUUGAAUGAUAAUUACAAUUUAAUUCAGUCUACUUUCAUGAUUGAAGUGGCGAGAACCAAAAGGGUAUUAGUGAUUAUUUAAGCUUAUUUAAAAUGUUUUAUUUGUAUUUCAAUAAAAUAUACCAUAG